UGUCCUGAUUUAGAACUGAGUGAGCUGCGAGGAAUAUUGUCAUCAGGCGAGUAUGCUUUGCUCACUGCUCACAUACAGAACUUUGAGAAGAAAUUAUUAGAAGCUCACCAGAGAGGUGUGGCUAGUAUCCUUGACCUCAUACAGAGUUUGGGACGUUUAAUGGUGGAACCUUCGCAUAUGGCUCCACCUAUUGUUCACAAAAGCAGUGUUAUUGGCUUGUACAUAAGGAGGAUUAUGGUACUUUUUGACAAACUGUCAUUCUCACAAGUUGUUGGAAUUUAUCAAGCCUUUAAGUUGUACUAUGAAAGGAGUGUGUUUAAGCAACCAGUUGCUGCAGAUACCGCAGAAGAGUCAGAAAAAGCUGAAAGUGAUAUGGAAUUUAGUUUGUGUGUUAAUGAGAAAGUUUCUGUUUCUGAAGAUGCAUCAAGGCAAAUGUCUGGACAAGAGUUGCCAAGUCUCAGUGUUCAUAAGAGUGGCAGUAUGCAUCCUGAGCGAGUCUGUUGGUCCAGGAGACAGGCUGAACUUUUCAUUGCCCAGCAAGCAUCCUUAAUGCAGACAAAUGAAAUGGCAGCACUUUCACCUCCAGAAUUACAAGAACGAAUCAGAGAGCUGCUUCAAGCCAAUCCUGAAUAUGCUGAAGCACAUUACCUGAGUUACCUGAACUGCUUACGUGUCAAGGAAUUCUGUGGUGCCAUUGACAGUUUAUUCCACUGCUUCGACAGAAACUCACUCAGUUUAGACAACAAAGGCAACAACCAGGAGGAGAAGAGCAGGGCUUUUCGCUAUGCGGCACUUAAUUUGGCAGUGCUUCAUGCGCAGUUUGGACACAAGAAGGAGGCUUUAUGUGCUCUGAAAGAAGCCAUCAUGACAGCUCAUAAAGCAAAUGACAGUGUUUGUCUUCAGCACGCCUUGGCGUGGCUGUACAAGCUGAGUGAUGAGAAUAAGGAAAUACUGAUAGAGAGGUCGAUAUCAAAAAGCAGUGAUCUCAAUCUCAGUUACCUCACUUCUCUUGGGAUUCAGUCGUUUGCCCAGUAUGCAGGGGUCAAAGGUGGAAAACCAGCUCUAGUGUUUGAUCUGUUGAUGAAGAGUGAUGUACUAAACUGCCAGCAUUCCAUGAUUGACCUCAUGACAAAUGGUUAUGCUCAGAAAGCUGCUUUAUGGUGUCUGUGUGGGAAAACAGAAAUGUCCACUCUGUCUAGUCAGUUGCUGCUACACCUCAAUACUGCAAAUCCAACUCAAGGCGUGCAGUCAUAUAAUGGUGAAGGGACUUGCCAGGCAAUUUGCAAUGUUGCUAACAUACUCAUGGAACAGGGUGAGUUUCAUUUUGCAACUGUCUUGUUACUGAAUGCAAGGGAAAGGUUUCCACAUGAGCCAGUUUCCCAUGCUUGGAUGUUCUCUGAGCAGAUCCUCAACUUUACUAAAGCUCUGCACCAUGGGAAAUGGCAGGAAGCAGAGCAAGCAGUGGCACGUCUGGCAGCCAUCAAUAAAUGGGAGAGUCAGCUCAGGAGAGCUGAAUUGUUUGUCGCUAUGGGUGACUACCCUGGGGCUGCUGCAUAUGUGCAUGAUAUUCUGGACUACUUCCGACAUCGCUCAGAAGCAGAAUCUGUGUGCCCAUCAUUGCGUGUGAGAGCUUUAAUUCUUGCAGCUGAACUGCAGAGCUGCUGUGGAAGUUCCACCAGUGCUCCAGCAGGAUCUAUUUCACUUCUCACAGCAUUGGCUCUAGCACAGUUACAUUAUUUGGACUACCUGGCAGCACUUGUGGCUCUUCAUCUGGCGAACUUGCAGUUGCAGAUGGGUUUACCUUCUCAGGCGCUGAAGUUGAUUGACCAGUCCCUUCUGUUAAUUCUGUCUCAUGGAGGCAGUUAUGAUCAAGGGAGGGCAUUGCUGCUGUUUGCGAAGUGUAAAGUUGCAGCAGUUACUGGUCAGCCAGAUGAAGUGAGGAAGAAAGCUUUGACUGAAGCCAUUCAUAUACUGAAUAAAGUGAAGAUCAGUUUUGAGAAGACAGAAUCGUAUAGCAGAGUGAAAGAUGUGCUCUAUCUAGAGGCCCUGCUGUAUAAUGAAAUUGGCUGUGUUUCUGAAAGAAAGAGAUGUGCCCUGGAAUUUCGGCAGCUAGAUGAGCAGUAUCCUACAAAAAUUACAACAUUGCUCACACAUUUGUAGCAUGGAGAUAUGCAUAGGAAACAAGAGGGUGUAAUUACAUUGUAAGAGCCACAGGUGUAUGAAUAACAGUCAGCAGUUUGUUUUUGUAUCAAAUUACAGUUCAAGUGGAGGCUGCUGUUUGAACUUCAGCACUUAAUCAAACAAUUACAUUCUCUGUAAUAUGUUACUUGAAUUUGGAAAUGUGUAGUAAUGUGAAUAAUUUGUGAUUUUUGUUGAACUAUGAGAAUAUUGAAAAAAAUGUCCUGUCCUACUGAAUAUUGGUAUGAACAGAACUGCCAGAAAGCCGGUCACUGCAUUCAUUUCACAUUGUCUGUGCCUGGCUCCUUGGAGGCUAUUUAAGAACUGACAUUUAAUUGGA